GUAUUUUAAAUACAAGUUGAAUAUUUGUGAAUUGAAACGAUUUUAACCGGUAGCCGCUAGAUGGCACUGGCGCGCGAAUGUACAAUCGUGGAGUCGAUAUUCUAGGUUAUUUUUUGCAUCGUGCGUGGACGUUGCACAGGCGCGGGAAUGUAUUAAUUUUGACAUGACGAAUCCUAACCUUCUCGUGUCCGAGUUAAACCUGCACUAUGUUUUGCCGAGAGGAAAAAACUCGGAGCGCUAAGUUUCCGAUAUUCGUAGGAAAUACUCGGUGAACCGCGGGGUCUGCCUGCGGUUGGAUUUCAUGAGUUGAGAGUGAACCCGAAUUGUCGCGUUUAAUCAUUAUGCUGCACGAUCGCGCAGUUACUUUGAGACAGUCACUCGGAUAUCGGAAUACGUUAUGUAAUAAUUAAAACACUUGCACCGGCAGAAUCCUGCCUCGUAGAUAAUAGGUUCACGAUUAAACAAUGCCUGUCCUGGGCAGAUGUCAACAGUUAAAUGGCUUGACCCGAUUGCUCCGAACCGUCGAACGCUCUAGUCAUAAGCAGUCAAAAUUAUGGACGUUAGACCUCUGUGCGUAUGCCAGGAUAGACACCUCUUUGUUUGUAAAUACAAGUGUGGAUUGUCAACGGUGUAAGGAUGAACAGGGGGAAAACAAUUUGUUAAGGACGAAGGGUAUAGUUAUUCCUUCUAAAGUGUCGAGGAACUUGAAUCCAAGAAGAUGCAAGAGUUAUGCCGCCUCUCUUGUGGAUUCAUCUCCUCCGACCAUUCAGCCUUAUAUGAAGCUCAUGAGGAUAAAUAAACCAAUUGGAUCAUGGCUAUUAUUCUGGCCUUGCGGAUGGAGUAUAGCCAUGGCUGCACAUGAAGGUGCGUUGCCUGAUCUUGGUAUGCUUGCACUCUUCGGAACUGGGGCAUUUAUCAUGCGGGGAGCAGGCUGUACUAUAAACGAUAUGUGGGAUCAGGAUAUCGACAAAAAGGUGGCCAGAACAAAAGAUCGACCGUUAGUAACUGGUGGAGUAACACCAUUCAAAGCUCUGGUUUUCCUCGGGGGUCAGUUGAGCCUGGGACUACUUGUUUUACUACAGCUCAACUGGUACAGCGUGUUUCUAGGUGCCAGUUCACUAGGUUUAGUGAUCAUUUAUCCUCUUAUGAAAAGAGUCACAUAUUGGCCACAGUUGAUAUUGGGCAUGACGUUUAACUGGGGCGCGCUGCUGGGAUGGUCAGCGAUUCGAGGUUCCUGUGACUGGUCGGUCUGUUUGCCCCUCUAUAUAGCGGGUGUUUGUUGGACGUUAAUAUAUGACACGAUAUAUGCCCACCAGGAUAAGGUGGAUGAUGUACUCUUAGGCAUCAAAUCAACAGCUAUCAAAUUUGGGGACAGAACGAAGUUGUACCUGAGUGGAUUUGGUACGAGUAUGAUAGCAGCUCUCGUUACUGCAGGUAUUACGAGUGCACAAACGUUUCCUUAUUAUGCAGCAGUGGGAAUAGCUGGAGUACACAUUACUCAACAGAUAUAUUCACUAAAUAUUAACAACCCUACGGAUUGUGCUAACAAAUUCUUUUCUAAUCAUACAGUGGGAAUGAUAUUGUUCAUCGGGAUAGUUUUAGGGAAUCUAGCAAAAACUUUUAACAAGAAGAAAGGAACCGACAUGCGUGACGAUCAGAAGGUAAUUCGGGAUAGCUCGAACAGUCCAAUGUCGAUAGUCACGAUCAGUCAUUAAGUGCCAUUGCGAGUUUGCUGGAGCCGUUAGGUCAUGUGAUUGUAAUAUAUGCAGUUCCUGCUAAAGUCACAUAAAGUGGUACCUCUAAAAACUAAUCAACUAGGAACAAACUUUAGACAGCCGUUCAGUCACUGGAUGGUUCGUGCUUGUGUUAUAGAAUGAUUUGUUGAUUUUGACAUGAGCAAGCCAAAGAUACAUUACCACUUGUAAGGUAUUUUCACUUGAUAUAAAUAACUUGAUGCAUAUGCCGUUGAAGUUGGAUUACAAUGUAAAACUUGUGAUACCAAAAUUAAAGAGUCAAUCAAAUGGUUUGUUAA